CGCUGACUGUGAUGGUCAUGUCCUUUUAUAUUGUCAGUAGAACAGGAACGUCAUUUAAUUUAAAUGAAUGAUUUGAAUCAAUUUUUGGUUAGACGUUUGCCUAGUUUUUUAUAAUUUUUUUGUAACAAAGAGAAUUACGGAGAAUGGCUGACGAUACGGAGCAACAGACGCCGUUGAUCGCAGAGGAAGCUCUAACAGAAGAAAAAGUUUCUUUUAUCAAUGAAGAUGAGGCGGUAAUAGAAGAUUUAAUAGUUAGCGAGGGAGAAGUACAAGGUGUUGCUGAAGAACUCCAAAUUGCAGAAGAUGGAGAAGAAGAAGGUGCCGAGAAAAAAGGUGCUCCAUCUCCAUCUUAUGGAAUGAAUUGGAGGGAAUCGAUGAUGGCACAAGAUAAGAGAAUCACAAUAUUUAUACCAGAAACUUCGAUGUUUCCUAAGGACGAAUCUACACGAAUUAGCGGCGAUUUUCUACCAAUUCCUCCUGACAGAGAUCCUUACCAAUUACCAACAUUAAUGAUCGACACAAUAUCUGAAGAAGAAGAAGAAUCCAUACCAGAAAUUCAAGAAGUCGUAGAAAGGCCGUGGUUGGCUGCGCCUCAAGAACCCACAGAUUAUACCAGGCAAACAGCGAUGGCGAAGUGUGUGCGGUUAUUACAUUAUUUGACUACUUUGAGAGUCAGAAAUACCCUAUUAGAAAGAAGCAUCGUUCAGUAUAACUUAACGAAAAAUAUUAGAAACCCUUACGUUGAUCUUUCUCUGCACCCGGAAAUAUUGGAGAGCUAUAACGCCAAAUUAGAUGAGCUCAAUAAAUUGGAAAAAAAGCACGCUGUUGUAUGCAAAAUUAGAUCAAAUGAGAUUGAUAAUCUUCUUCAGAAACGAGAGGAUAAGAAGAAUAAAUUAGAUACUCACUUUAAACAGUUUCAACAAAUAGAGUACGAUAUAGCUAAAGGUUUAUAUUACAGAAAAACGGGCAAACCUUUGCCGGAAAAUAAAAUUGUUUAUUAUCUCGAGAGGCAAAAGAGAUACUUCCAGGAAGUCUGCGAAUUACGAAUGGAUUUAUAUCGGAACAAGGAGAAAUUUGCCGAGAAAGAAAAGGAAAUUGAAAAUCUCAAUUAUAUUGACGGUCUAUAUUUGGGCGAUUUCGAGGCGAUGAAACUAGAAAAUCGAAAUUUCCAGGAUAAAAUUGAGCAAAAAGAUGAAGAAUUGACGGUGCUUAGGGAAAAAUGUCGACAAUUGGGUCAAAUAAUAGCCCAUGCUAGGGAAAAAUCGAACGCUAUGACAUCGGAUCUGGAGGAUUUGCAAUUACAUAACGAUGAAUUAUUUUACGAGGAAUUUAAAACUAGGAAAGGGCUGACUAGAAUGAAACAGGAACGAGACAAGUAUAGGUUAAAUUUACAGAAAUUAAAGCAAGAAAGCGGACUUCUGGGCGAAACUGCUCUAUUGCGCGACAUGGAAGACUCUUUGGAAGAUGUUGAAGUACUCAGAGCAGAGUUGAAACAACUUCAGGAUACAUAUGCUAUGAACAACAAGCACCUGAGAAAUUUGCGUAAAACUAUCGAAAAACUGGAUAGAGUGAAUUAUGUAAAAGAGACAACGAAGGAAAAAAGAGAUAAGUUCGUUAAAUCAAAACCCAAAACGAAAUCAACGGUGUCUGUGCCAUUCCACGCAACUAGUACAACCAAAGAAUUAUCAAUUGGCGUAAAAAAAAUUGUUUGAAUCCAUUCUAAAUCUCAAUUUUUCCAAAUUUACCAUUGUGUAUGAUGCAACGAGAGAUUAGAUAUAAUUUUUGUAAUUGUACAUAUUAUUGUUUUGUAUAAUGUUGGUUUUUAAUAAAU